AUGCGCGCGUGGACGCCCACGCGCGAGCGCGCGCCGCUCCUGCGCGAGCGCGCGUGCGAUGCGGCGCGCGCGUCGGCGACGGUGACGCGCGACGGCGACGCGGACGAAGAGCUCGGCGGGGACGGGACGACGACGACGUCGACGACGGGCGAGCGAUGCGCGCGGGCGGACGACGGUGCGGGGGGGAGAAUGACGAUGCGAGGCGUGAUCGGUGUCGUCGCCCUCGCGGGCGUCGCGGUGAGCGCGGUGGUGGCGCGAGGGGGGGGCGCGGGCGGGGCGCGGAGCGCGCUCGGCGCGCCGAGCGCGAACGCGAACGGCAAGCCGAAGAUCGCGGCGGUGGCCAAGGCGUACAGUCACAACGCGGAGGGGAGGGUCGAUCCACUCGCGGUGGCGGCGGCGAUGGAUCCCGUUCGGCACGCGUACCUUCCGGACGCGUUUCACGGGUACGAUCCGAGAAUGAACGUGACCGAGUACGCGCACCCGCCGGCGGUGACGAAAUCUAAAACGGGAUUCACGCUGUGCGUGGACAUCGCUCGAGAUGCGUGGGAUUCGACGUAUACCAAGGGGUUCGGUGCGCUUUUCGAGCCGGGAUCGUGCUUUGAGAACGUCGUCACGGGGAACUGCGACAAUUCGAUCGAGAGCCGCCGAGCGGACGUGCGCGUCUUCAGUCAGUCGGCCUACCUUUGGCGCGGCGCACACAAAGGUCCGCACGGCGAGUUCAACAAGCCUGAUAAGGUGAAUGAUGGACAAAUCGAUCUGUACUUCGCACACGAGGCCGCGGGAACGUUCGGGGGCGAGCUGAGGAAGGACCACCUGAUGAAGAAGUUUGACUACAUUGGGUACUUUGACAGAACGCGCUCGGCGUUUUGGUGGCCAUUCGGCCCGACGCUGAACUCUAUGACGGAGAGUUUUCCAGCGUACACGAUCCCACACAGUCGGAGAACUCCUGGGGUGGCUUGGAUCGCGAUCGACUGCCUUCCGCCGCGACCCGCCAUUCUCUGGGAGAUUUCUCAGCGCUUUCCCGUCUUUUCGAUGGGCUCGUGCGCGAACAACGCGAUGAAGCCGGCCAAGCUUCCAGGUCGGGGCAUCGACAACUUAGACUAUCAGAUGAGUAUGGCCAAUCUUAUGUUCUACUUCGCCAUGGAGAACGCGCCGCUGUGCGAGGGAUACAUGACGGAGAAGAUUUGGUUGGCGCUUCAACGAGGAUCAAUUCCGAUUUACGCCGCCACGGAUAGCAUGCGAGAGCUGAUGCCGUCGAAGAAAUCCUUCAUUGAUCUCACGCAGUAUCCAGACGUCGACUCGUUGGUUCACGAAUUGGCGUUGAUAGCGCGAAACGAGACCAGGUAUCGCGAGUACACCGAUUGGCGAUAUCAGCAUCCAAAGACGUGGCAACCAGGAUUCCGCCAGCUGUUGCGAGUGAUGAGUAGCGAUAUCAAGGUUGGGUUGUGUGCGAUUUUACAAAAGGGACCGAGUGAGUUUCCCACGGCGAAGUCACAGGGGGGUUGCGUCGGUUACCAGACAAAGAUUCUCGGUAGAAUAGCCGGCCAGGGGUUCCGCACCGGCAAGGGCUCCAAUCUAGGUCUGCGCAACGCACUCGAUUUCCUCGACGAGCUGGACUGCGCGAGCAGGAAAACUAUCAACCGCCCCGAGCAAGACGACAUCGAAAAUGGCGCCGGCUCCCCGAGGCGACGACAGGGUCCUCGAGGCGAUCGAUGCUACAGACUCAAAGACCACGCGAUGAAGGUUGCAGGAGUGAUGAAUCGUGCCGACGCUCCGGGCAAGGUGGUGGUUCAGACGGAGCAGCACGAGAAACUGGCAAAGGGCAAGGGCGAUAAUCAACCCGCGGUUGAAACACCGAAGGCACAGCAGACGACGGCGGCGAAGGCUCAAGCGCCCAAGGCCACGACGCCGCAGCAAAAGCCGGCGGCGCAACCGGUCAAGGCAACUCCGCAAAAGCCGAACACAGAGCCGAAGCAGUCAACGACCCCGAGGAUUUGGCACGGACUCGAGGAGUGGAUCCCACCCAAGAGCAAACAGCAACAGCAACCGCAACCGGCGAACGCUUCGCCGCGACCGACGACUGAGCCGUCGCAAACCAACACGACGACCGCAUCGCAAAAGACCAAGGAUGCAUAG